AUGUUGCGCUUCGGAGGACUGAAGUAUAAGAAAUUGAAUAACGCCACCCUUCCCGGGGAAAGUCGGAACGAGUGCGGAGGCACUCCCUCGAAGGUGGAGAGGAAAAUGAGAAAAUCUUUGCCCCCCUCGACGCUGACGACACCACCGGCGCAAGAUCGACUGCACAAUCAGCUGAAUGGAGGAGCAGCUAUGAAAAAUGUAAACGAACCGCGCAACACACAGGACCUGAAGAGGCGUCGGAACCACCUGAUGCUCAUCGUUGGCGGCCUGUCGUCGUCGUCGUCGACGUCCGGGAAGGCACCAUUUUCCGACACUGAUCCGAAAGCCAAGUCGUCACCAUCGUCCAACUGUAAGCUGCUCGGAGGACGGUUCGCCUUCGUCGACAGCAAGCGCAAGAUCAACUGUAAAACGCGAAUCUACAAAUGUAUCAAGCGUAUCCUCAAACGGAACAGCCAGGGCAGUGGAACGUCUCCGGAUCUCAAAGGAACAGGCACCGGAACCCGUCCGUGUCGGCAGCCCGCCUUUUGCACACCGAAUGCGGCGGACUAUCGGGAGAUUAAAACGAUGCUGGAGAAACAGAAUCGCGAACUGGAGUACGAUGUCAAUUUGGCAAAGUGCGUCGAAAAGCCGGCAUUUAUUAAAAAAAUAGCACUGAACCUUCUGCAGUCAACCAUAGCCGAGGAUAAGGAGGAGGGUACACUCGUCCUGCAACGGGAACAGGUGGCCGCACUGACCGGCUCCAUCCAGGGCGACCUCGACCGGAGUCGGGAGUAUCAGCGACUGCUUGGCGAGAGCUGGUACCACGAAAACCUGCCCCGGAACCUUUCGCUCGAUCUGCUCACGGACAAACUGCCCGGCAGUUUCCUGGUGCGCAAGAGUACCACACAGCCGGACUGCUACGCCCUGUCCCUGCGCGUUCCUCCGGGAUCGGCGGGCCCUCGCAUCGCGCACUACCUGAUCGUGCGUACAGCCAGCGAUGGGUACAAGAUCAAGGGCUUCCAGAAGGAGUUCAGCUCGCUCCGGGCGCUGAUCGUGCACCAUUCGGUGAUGCCGGAAGCGCUGCCAGUGCCGCUCGCCGUGCCGCGACCGGUGAACCUGGUGAUGAAGACAAAGUUCGACGACGACUACGAGACCGUGUUCGACCUGGCGAGUGCGGCUCGGGGCCAACAUCAUCUGGCCUAGGCGGAAGUGACCCGGCCCAGGAUUGGCCUGGGAAGCAGCGAUUACCAAACAUGUUUUAUUACGUUUUAGUUACAUUUCCAAUGCGAUUCGUUAUCCCUUCUAUUUUUUUGUCCAAAUGUCUAUAAUUAU